CAUACCAUACGUGUAGCAAACUCUUUACAACAAUACGAACGCAUUUAAACCUGGAAACACCUUAAACUUUAUUUUCAUGGCUUCAAUUUCUGGAGUCAACCAGUCUGUGGAAGCAUCUGCUGGGGACCAAGUUAAGCAGUUCAAAGAAUUUCUUUCUUCAUACAACAAACUGACAGAAGGAUGCUUUGCGGACUGUGUAAAUGACUUCACGUCACGAAAAGUGUCAUCGAAAGAGCUGGACUGUUCAUUACAUUGCUUGCAGAAAUAUCUAAAAACAACUGCUAGAAUUUCAUUGCGUUUUCAAGACCAUUUGCAACAAAAUAACACUUUUGCAGCUCAAAAUCCUGCAAAUUGAUCGUUAUUUAUUUUAUAGUGUUAAUUGUUGACAAAUUUGUAACACCUGCAAUUAGAAUUUUUGGCACUUGGUGCCUGUGUCACUCUACCAGUAUAUAUGAUCAACAUGUUACCGAUUAAAAAAUUUCCAUCCAAGUACAUAUAACCAUAUACUCACUGUUUGCAAACAUUUUUCACAAUUAAAAUUUUUAAAGGACCACAAAUUAGGUCUCGUCUUACCCUGAUAUGUUAACUUAUAGCAUCACAAAGAGAUUAUGUCUCAGCUCCGGCAUUUCAUCUCGCCAUUUAAGAAGAUUAAUUCAUAAAGAAGUUAGAGUUAGGUUUGCGCCAUCACCUACAGGCUUUCUUCAUAUUGGGGGUCUUCGAACAGCGUUAUACAACUACCUUUUUGCUCGAGCCAACAAUGGAAAAUUCAUCGUUAGAAUUGAAGACACAGAUCAGACGAGGGUCGUCGAUGGAGCAACAUCCAGUAUUCUAUCCACGCUAGAAUGGGCAGGAUUACAUCCGCAGGAGAGUCCGGAAAAAGGAGGAGAGUUUGGUCCCUACAUCCAGAGUGAAAGAAUCAAAAGUUAUCAAGCGAUAGCAAACAAGCUAGUAGACAGUGGAGCUGCUUAUCGGUGUUUUUGUUCUCAAAGAAGGUUGGCAAUUUUGAAAAAAGAUCAAAUCAAAAGAAAAGAAACUGGAAGAUACGACAACAGAUGCCGAGAAUUAACGGAUGCAGAAAUUAAUUCAAAUCUUGAUCAAAAAGUUCCCUAUGUCAUCAGACUUCGCUUGAAAGAUGAAUUUCACCAAAUUGAGGAUGCAUUGUUUGGGAAAGUCAGUCAUAAUGCACAUUUUGAGGGGGAUCCAGUUAUUUUAAAGUCAGAUGGGUUUCCCACCUACCAUCUUGCUAAUGUAGUAGAUGAUCAUAUGAUGCAGAUAUCUCAUGUGAUACGGGGAAAGGAAUGGCUGACAUCUACCACAAAGCAUGUUCAAAUAUACGAAGCGCUCGGCUGGGAAGUUCCCACCUUUAUGCAUCUUCCUUUACUCAUCAAUAAAGAUGGCUCAAAACUGUCAAAACGACAAGGUGAUGUUUACGUGGAAGAAUCAAGAGCAAAGGGGUAUUCCCCAUGUGCGUUACUGAACUUCAUGGCUUACUACGGUUCAGGGUUUCCAAAUAUUAACUUUCCUGUGUGUGCAUCAAACCACUAUGAACUGCUGAAUAUUUUGGAACAAUCAUUUAACCCUUACAGACUUGUUCUUUCUGAUGCUAUUGUCGACUUUUCGAAGCUUGACGACUUCAGUACAUUGCUCACAAAACAUAAGUUUGAAUCUAGUGAUAAAAAAGUGAUGCAGGGCGUCAGGAAAGAGCUGUACCAACUCUUAGAGCAGAAAUUCGAAAAAGAACUGAUUUUUAACCAAGAAGAAUUCACUGCAACAGAAAUUGAUAAAUAUUUAAAUGGAAUUCUGUGCAGUAGAAAGGGUCACAUUGUAAAGCUGAAUGAUCUAAUUAAAGAAGAAUAUGAUUAUCUUUGGUGUCGUCCACAACCACUAAUAAGCGAGGAAGAUACAAUGUUUCAUGAAUUUCUGUAUGACUUUAUUAGGUUCUUAAACACUGUAACAUGGGAACCAUUGGAUGUUGAAACUAUUGCUUCUUAUUUAAACAAUCAUGGGAGGGAAAAGGGCUUGCACUACCCUAAAGUUAUGAAGUUUCUACGCAAAUUACUGUCUGGAAGAGAGCAAGGGCCAAAGAUAGUGGACUUGCUGCUGAUGCUGAACAAGAGAGAAUCACUGCUGAGGUUGGAUAUAGCACUUUCUAACAUAGAACGAGAGAUAGAGGUCGAAUAUUUAAGAAAAAAAUAAUCCGUUGCUCCUACUUUUCUUUGCUGCCAUUUUAUGUCUUUACAAAAAAUAAAAAAAAAACAUA